AUGGACCCUAUUGAAGCUACAACUACAGAACAACCUGCUGCAGAUCCAACUAUAGAACAACCUAUGGACCCCAUUGAAGCUUCAACUACAGAACAACCUGCUGCAGAUUCAACUAUAGAACAACCUAUGGACCCCAUUGAAGCUUCAACUACAGAACAGCCUAUUGAAGAUGCAGUUACAGAACAGCCUAUUGAAGAUGCAGUUACAGAACAGCCUAUUGAAGAUUCAGCUACAGAACAACCUGCUGCAGAUCCAACUAUAGAACAACCUAUGGACCCUAUUGAAGCUACAACUACAGAACAACCUGCUGCAGAUCCAACUAUAGAACAACCCAUUGAAGAUGUGGUAUAUAAUGAGGAUCUGUUGUAA